AUGCAAGAGUCAGAGCGACAGCAAAAAACGAAGCAUAAAUUCACGGCAGAGGAAGACCAUCUUCUCGAGGCCCUAGUCAGUGAAAAAGGUGAGAAUGCAUGGGAUCAGAUUUCUUAUUUGAUGCCUGGCAGGAAUUCAAGGCAGGUAAAAGAUAGAUGGACUAGAUAUUUAUCACCAGAUAUAAACAAAGCUGAUUGGACUUUUGAUGAAGAGGAAUUAUUGAUCAAAUUAGUAAAAAAGUUAAACUUUCAUUGGGUUAAUAUCGCAAAGCAUUUUAAGGGGCGUACAGACAACCAAAUUAAGAACAAGUGGAACAAUCUUAAAAAAUAUGUUGACUUUUUAGAUGUUAAAAAAGAAAGAACAUGUAAGCAGAAUCUACCAGCUCCACCAAAAGAAUGUUUAAGUUCUGCAUUAAAUACACAACUUAACAGCUGGACUAUCAUUGAUGAGGUUUUUCGGGAUACAAUAGAAGUUCAAUUUUACGAUUUUUAG